UUUCCUCUGCCUCUUUUUGUCAGCUUUAGAUGAUAUUAACCUCUGCACUCAAACAGAACUAUGAAGAGCCAAUCAGUGAAAGAGAAUCAAGAUGCAGACAUGGAUCUCUUCGAGGAAGAAAUCUUCAUGGAUUGUGAGUUUCAGGUCCCAGCAGAAGAAAGCCCUUCAGCUUCUUCGUUUGCAGUACCACCCAUAUUUGUUCCUUCGAUCGGACGGGGUGUCAAGAGAGUUCUAAAUCCAUCUGAUGUUCCACUUCCGCAGGCAUACUACAACCAGCUGGAGCAAAAACGCAAAGCCACCCAUAUAGGACAAGCACAUCCACAGCCUUCUCAUCCUGGCGAUGGUGUCCCUAUGGCAAAGCCUCCAAGAGGAAAGGAAAAAAGCUCUUUACAACGGGAGCAGGUUGCUCAUCCAAGAGCCAGAGGCCGGGGGAGAGGAAGGGUGAUAGAAAAGGGUUUCCAGGAAGCCAAGCCUAGUGUCUUGCAGGUCAGGGGUCUAGGACGUACAGGCUUACCCGAUGGAAAUGAUGAUAUCGAAGAGGGAAAAGCUCGUUUGAUGCAGAUGUUCCUGGGCAGACAGUCGCAGUUCGAGCUUGACGCUCAGUUCAACGCGCAGUACGACUCCUCCGGCUCUUCGAUCCGAUCUGCUCCAAACUUUGACCUGAAGAACGAUAAGGACUUCCCGGACAUCAUCUCAAAGGUGACAAAGGGGAUGCCCUUCAGGUCAUCCGGCGGGGGCUCCUUGGAUGAGAACCUAAGGAGAAGGGCUACCUGCAAAGGUCUGAAAACGAGAGGAUACUACAACAGUUCUGGAGAUGACGGGGUGUCGUCCAGUGGAGACACAGGUGAACGUCAAGGAGCAAGGUCAUCGUGUGAUGCUGACAUUGACACGAGUUGUGAACCUUCGACCUCACUGCUCAGAUAUAGAUCAUCUGAUGAAAGCAGUUCUCAGGCCCUUGAAGGUCCGAAUGUAUUGGAACUGGUUGGACUGCCAUCAAACCUGAGUAAAGAGGAUCUAGGUGACCUGCUGAUGGGGUGCGGUAACAUCAUAGAGAUGAGACUCCUCCGGGAUAAUGACUCCGGGGCUUGUAUAGGAUUGGCGUAUGUCAGGAUGGAAAAUGAGGGAGCAUGUAAAUUAGCUGUUUCAUCGUAUCAUGAUAUGGAGUCCCCUUUCUCGGAAAGGUACGAUGGGGACGCACCUCAGCUCUCUGUCAGGAUCCUGCCGUCAUGAUGCUUGCUGUAUUAGGCCAUUUCUAUUCCUGCUAGAAAACGGAUGAAUUGCAAGCUGAUUCAAGCAAAGAUCUGCAAGCUGAAGAUCUUAUUGGAAGAUGCUGAACAUACUGCUUUUGUGACCUGAAAUCCCAGGUAUCUGUAAAAGCUUCAAUGGUUUAGUAUUGGGAUUCACAUAAGAUAAUGUGCAAAGAGGCUGUGACUACAGAUUGCUAUAAUCAUACAAUAUUUUGCAAUAUAGAUAUUUUUUUUGCACAAACCAAAAAGUAAGGUAAUAAUUGAAAUUAAAAAAAUCAUGAUUUGGUGGCAAAAACAAAUUUAGAUCAAAAUUUUCAUUCAUUUUAAUUCCUUUUGAAGGAUGAUAUGGAGUUCCUUUUUAGAAUACAAUGUAUCUUCAGAAUACUUGUAGUUGUCUUAAACUUGAUGUAAUUGGCUAAGCGCACUUAGACGUGUAUGUCAUGAGCGAUUCACUGGAAGACAUUGUUGACGAAGCUGUUUAUGUAUUUUGGUAUUCAUUGCACAGAGUUUCCAUUAUUACCACGUUAUAUUGACUUCAUGUUCACUCGGGUUAUUGCCUGUAAUUGUUACACUAAUAGAGACUGAAGCUCUGAUGAACACUCCAAUGCUUGUUCAUAUUCUUUGUACUUUAUAUUACGAAAAAAUAUCUUCAGAGACAAUACAUGAUGCAGUGUUUACAACUUAUUUGCGAUAUUUAAUUCUGUUUUUAAUGGCUAAUGGAUUUGGCAAGAAAUAUUUCUCCAAGUCGACACAAUCAAGCUAUUAUAUCAACAUAGAGAGAUGUGUUAUCUCACCAAACAACGUAAUAGCGUUAUUAUGUUGACUUUUGACUUUUCAUAAGUCAACUGAACUGGGCAAGAUAACAUAUUUCGAUAUGUUGACACACAACUUGUUAUAUUUUUACUUGAUUAGAUAAUGUAUCUCGCAAUUUUGACAUGAUAACAUUAUUGUAUCGAUUUAGCAAGAUAAAGUAUCUCACCAUCUCAAAGCUUCCGUACAUCUCUUUAUUGCGAAAAAAGGUAGAUGCAACUGUUGUACUAGAAAUCUACAUUUUCAACCCUCAAAACAACAUGAUGCUAUCUGCAUACUUGGCAUUCUUGAGGAAUGUGAACUAUAAUCACUUAAUUGCUUUAUUGAACUUUUGCUGCAAAACUAUUAAAGCAUUCAUAGUGGGUGGCCUAGGCAUUGCUUCUGUCAUUCUUGGAGGCGUUCUAUGAAUGUGCAAAAACUUUAAUAACAAUGGUCAGGUGUUAGAUUGAAUAAUCCAUGGCAGUGCCAUGGGGAAAUGUUCUCUCUUCACAAUCAUGACAUUUUACCUGUUAUUGAAAGAUUUCACUUGCGAGGCUACAAGCUUCACCAGACCUUCGUCGUAGAUGCUGAUGCAGCGCGGCAAAGCAUUAGAAUGGGAUCGUACAUGGAGGAGAGAUUGUAUUGUCCUAUUAGACUCUCUUCAUAUGGGGGUUCCUUUGUGCCUGAAUGCGAAUAGCCUCCCUAAUCCAUCUGCUUUACUUGAUGUUAUUUGGGCAAUUUUGCUAAUUUGCAUAAAUCCAAAAUGGCCGCCAGAUACCA